AUGGCGGCUGCGCCGCUGGGAGGUGUCCCGCCAGGCGCGGGCGGCGUGCAGCCCACAGCCGCGCAGGCGCCGAUGCCGCGGCUGCACAUGGUGCAGCCGCAACCGCACGCGCCGCAGCCGCAGACGCAGCCGCAUCCGCAGCAGCAGCAGGCGGGGCAGCAGAGGCGCGGGGCUUUGAAGCAGUUGGUGGUGGUGGUGGAGGGCACGGCGAGCAUGGGGCCGUCGUGGGCGCUGCUGCGACGCCUCUACCUGCACCCGCUGCUCAAGUGCGUUCCGCCUCCCACUAGGCUCUCACACCCGCUGCUCAAGUGCGUUCCACCUCCCACUAGGCUCUCACACCCGCUGCUCAAGUGCGUUCCACCUCCCACUAGGCUCUCACACCCGCUGCUCAAGUGCGUUCCACCUCCCACUAGGCUCUCACACCCGCUGCUCAAGUGCGUUCCACCUCCCACUAGGCUCUCACACCCGCUGCUCAAGUGCGUUCCACCUCCCACUAGGCUCUCACACCCGCUGCUCAAGUGCGUGCCGCCUCAGCGUCGCCCUGCUAUAGCGCGUCCCUGCAGGAGCGCCUCGCAUUCCCGAUCCACUCACUCCUCUCCUCUCCUCUCCUCUCCUCUCCUCUCCUGCUCUUCUCGUCUUUUCCCCUCCAAUUCUUGCUCUCCUCAUCGCAUCCCUGUCCUGUCCUCGCUCCGUUCCCCUCCUUGCCUCGGCCUCCGCUGUUCCCUCCGUUCCCCUGCCCUUCCCCAAAUUUCCAUUCCCCCCCUCCGUCCCCUUUUCUCCCUCCCCCUGCCCUCCGUCCCCUUCCCACCCCCCUGCCCUCUACCCCCUGCCCACCCCCCCACCUCUGGCCCCAACCCCCGAUCUUCCCCCCGUCUCUCCGCGCAUGCCAUGGUCGCCUCGCCAGGGCCUUCUGUGGCGUCGACUCUCUUACACAGGGCGGGCACAGCAGCGGUGGAGCUGGCUCUCGUGGUCUACCACUCGCACGGCUCCUUCUCACGUGCGCCCGAUCUGUCAUGCACAAUGCUUAAUGCACGCACCCACUCUCACCUGCGCCCUUCUCAGCUGCGCCACGUUGCCCCUGCUAGAUGCAUCCUACCCUCCUUUCCUCUCCUCCUCUUCCAUUUGCAGCCUCUCGUUUCUUCCACACACCCUCCACCCGCCCUUAUUCAAACACCCUCCUCCACACCACACUUCAGACGCCCUUGA